GAUUUUAGUUUGUAUUUCAAAUUCGGUGCGUAAAGAUCGCCGGAGAUCGUUGAUUGUGUGCUCUGUGUGUUUGUGUGCCUAUAGAGAAUUUAUAGUAAAUUUUUGUGACUUGAAAACGAAGCAAAAAUGAAAUCAUUUGUUGUGCUGUGUGCCUUUUUGGGGGCCAUUGCCAUCCAACAAGGCUCGGCCAGUACUGCCUCGACUUCUCAUUUAGUUUGCUAUUAUGAUGGCAAUUCCUACGUACGUGAAGGUCUCGCUAAAUUGACUUUGCCCGAUUUGGAGCCAGCACUGCAAUUCUGUACCCACCUUGUCUACGGUUAUGCCAUCAUCAACCCCACAAGCAACAAAUUGGUGAGCCGUAAUGAAAAACUUGACUUGGAUGUGGGUACUGGCCUGUACCGCACCGUCACCGGCUUGAAGAAGAAGUUCCCUCACCUUAAGGUGUUGUUGAGUGUUGGUGGUGACAACGAUGAAGUUGAUAAUGAUAACAACAAAUAUUUGGCUAUGUUGGAUUCUACCGAUGCCCGUAUACCGUUCAUCAACAGCGCCCAUGCCUUGGUCAAGACCUAUGGCUUCGAUGGUUUGGAUGUGGCCUGGCAGUUCCCCAAGAAUAAGCCAAAGAAGGUUCAUGGAUCUUUUGGUAAAUUCUGGAAGGGUAUUAAGAAAACGUUCACCGGAGACUUUGUGGUUGAUGAGAAGGCUGAGGAACACAAGGAAGCGUUCACCACCUUGAUAAGAGACUUGAAGAAUGCUUUGCGUCCCGAUGGUUAUUUGUUGGGUCUUACCGUGUUGCCCAAUGUCAACUCUUCAUUGUUCUUUGAAGUGCCUGCCAUUGUCAACAAUUUGGACUAUGUCAAUUUGAUGGCUUUUGAUUUCCAAACUGCUGCACGUAAUCCCGAAGUUGCUGAUUUCCCUGCUCCCAUCUAUGAGCUCAAUGAACGUAAUCCCGAAUCCAAUGUCAACUUCCAAGUUCAGUAUUGGUUGGACCACCAUUGCCCUGCCUCCAAGAUCAAUGUGGGCAUUGCUGCCUAUGCUCGCUCCUGGAAGAUGACUGAAGACUCUGGUCUCACCGGUCUGCCCCCAGUGUCGAAGACCGACAAAGCUGGCCCCGCCGGUUUGCAAACACAAACUGACGGCCUUUACAGUUGGCCUGAGGUUUGUGCCAAAUUGCCCAACAAUGCCAAUGCCCAUCUGAAGGGCGCCGAUCAACCAUUGCGCAAGGUUGGUGAUCCCACCAAACGUUUCGGCAACUAUGCCUACCGUGCCGCCGACGAUAAGGGUGAGAAUGGUAUCUGGGUUGGCUACGAAGAUCCCGAUACGGCUGCCAACAAAGCAGGCUAUGCUAAGGCUAAGGGUUUGGGUGGUGUGGCUCUUGUUGAUUUGUCCUACGAUGAUUUCCGUGGCGCCUGCUCUGGUGACAAAUAUCCCAUCUUGCGUGCCAUCAAAUACAAGUUGUAAACAUCAUAAGUUAAGAGAUUGAGCGAAAAGUGUUUCCUGAAAUUUUGUUUUUAUUUAGACAUUCUAUCGUAAAUAAAUGUUGAAAAAUUUAAAAAAA